AGCUCGGUACUCGACGUCAGGUCACUGUAUGGUACUUGGCGACGUGUCAUCGACCAUUUAACUGCAUGACUGUCUGUUUUACACGGCAAGUGAACCAUUUGACUUUACACAAAGGUGUUUCUCUAGCUAACAAUAUAGUUAUGUGUUGGGUUUAGUAAGUAACGCUGCUAACUGGGAGAAAGCAACUUGUUAGCUGCCUAGCAUUAAGGACCCUCCCAUUACUGGGACGGCUAGCGGCUGUUAGCCACACUGUGUCACUGAGCCAUCAAUUUGGCAACAGUUAUUGUUUAUCUAGGCUCAGCUGUAGCUCGCUGCCUCUAUUGUUUACAUGGAUAGCGGUCAUCUGAAGAGCUCCAUGGGCAUGUGGAGGCUGUAACAAGACUGGAUCAAAGCACAGACCAACCACUGUGGAAAUAUGGAAAUGGACCUGGGAGCUAGCUAACGUCUGUUGACGUUUAGACAAGACGUCUACAGCCAACUCUCGACCAAAAAUGAGGAUGAACGGGGGUCUAAAGGAUGACAGCUGUGCCUGCUGGACUGUUUGACUUCGUGUGGGCGUUGGACAAAGGGCAGGGGUUUGUUUGUCCACAUUAAAGCUUAACCUAAUGCAAGAUUACACGAGGAGAAAAGAAAGUACAGGUUGUUGGGAACUGGAUCGCCCGUCUGGCACUGGGAUGAUGCUUAAGACCCUUCUUAUCACCAGUCUGCUUGGCUGGGCAAAAUGUCAAGAGAGCCAGAGCAUGACACUAGAGGAGAAGACUGUCAUCAGGGAUCAAAUCAUUGAAAUGUUUGAUCACGCUUAUGGCAGUUACAUGAAAUAUGCCUAUCCAGCAGACGAGCUGAUGCCUCUAAGCUGCAGGGGGAGAGUCCGUGGACAGGAGCCCAAUAGAGGCGACAUAGACGACUCAUUGGGGAAGUUUUCACUCACACUGAUUGACACCCUUGAUACCCUGGUGGUGCUAAACAAGCUUGAUGAGUUUGAAGAUGCAGUGAGGAAGGCUGUAAAGGACGUACGCCUGGACAAUGAUGUGGUGGUGUCAGUGUUUGAGACCAACAUCAGAGUUCUGGGAGGGCUUUUGGGAGCCCACGUGAUGGCUGACCUGCUCCGUCAGCGUGGGGAAAGGAUGCAGUGGUAUAAAGAUGAGCUCCUGCACAUGGCCAACGAGCUGGGCCAUCGAUUACUGCCUGCCUUCAACACCACAAGUGGCCUUCCUUACCCUAAGGUGAAUCUGCGGUACGGAGUCCUAAAUCCACUUUCACGCACAGGCACUGAAUCAGACACCUGCACAGCCUGCGCAGGAACAAUGAUCCUGGAGUUUGCUGCCCUCAGCAGACUGUCAGGGGACUCUGUUUUUGAGGAGCAUGCCAGGAAGGCUAUGGACGUCCUCUGGGAGAGGAGACAGAGAGGAAGUGACUUGGUGGGGACAGUCAUCAAUAUCCAUAAUGGAGAAUGGGUCCGGAGGGACAGUGGAGUUGGUGCUGGUAUCGAUUCGUACUAUGAAUAUCUGAUGAAGGCUUACAUUCUCCUCGGAGACAAUGUUUUUCUGGAGAGGUUCAACAUUCACUACAUUGCCAUAAUGAAGUACAUAAGUCAGCCUCCCCUGCUGCUCAAUGUACACAUGCACAACCCCACUGUGAGCGUGCGCAGCUGGAUGGACUCUCUCCUGGCGUUCUUCCCUGGCUUACAGGUUUUGAGAGGAGAUCUGAAACCAGCUAUUGAGACUCAUGAGAUGCUUUAUCAAGUCACCAAACAGCACAAGUUCCUUCCUGAGGCUUUCACUACAGAGUUCAGAGUUCAUUGGGGCCAACACCUACUGAGACCAGAGUUUGCAGAAAGCACCUACUACCUCUAUAAGGCCACUGGUGACCCCUACUACCUCAGAGUGGGACAGUCCAUUGUGGAGAAGCUCAACGCCUAUGCCAGGGUGCCUUGUGGGUUUGCUGCUGUGCAAGAUUCGCAUGUUCGCACUGGGACACAUGAAGACAGGAUGGACUCAUUCUUUCUGGCGGAGAUGUUUAAAUACCUGUACCUGCUGUUUUCGGAGAAGACCGAGCUGCCCAUUGAUAUUGACGACUACAUCUUUACCACAGAGGCACACCUUCUACCCGUCUCUCUCUCCACCACCCAGCCAUCCUGUCAAGGCAACAGAUCAGAAACUGUUUAUCAAGAAGAGGAUCUGUUCACACACUCCUGCCCCAGCACAGAGACUUUGUUUCCCAACAACCCUUCAUUUGCCAAAACCAUCCGAGACAGCUAUAAGUACCUCACUGGGGUGGGACGAGCCUUCCAUCCUUUACCUGUCAGGGAAAUUGAACUACCACUCCACGAUAACGGCAUGGAGCCAGUGGAGUUCCUGAAAAGCAUGGGCAUCUCUAUCACCCCAUUGAAUGAGAUCAUGGCUCGAGACAUUGGGAAUCAGAAGGAUCAAAAAGGAGUGUACCGGGUUAAACUUGUGGCAGAGGUGAGCCAGACACCAGAGGAGGAGGAGGUGGUUCCUCAUGUUGUUCAGCUCAUAUCCCCCCCGUUUCUGGGUAGAACAGUCCUCACCGCAGGACCUGCCAAGUUUGGAAUGGACCUCACCAAGCAAGAGCAUGGGGUGAAGGGCAGCAUAGUGAAAGCUUCCCCCUACACAGCAUGCGGGCAAAUAGAUAAUGCAGUGGAGCUUAAAGGCCACAUCGCUCUGGCUCUGCGUGGUGACUGCAUGUUCGCUGCAAAGGCUCGUUGGCUGCAGGAGGCAGGAGCCAUAGGAGUCAUCUUCAUAGACCACCAUGAGGGAAGUAAUAGCGAGGAAACACCACUCUUCCAGAUGGUGGGGGACGGCGACUCCACUGAAGACAUCACCAUGCCUUUGGUCUUCCUGUUCAGCCGUGAGGGUGCCAUGCUCACAGCAGCCCUGGAGGAACAUCACAAUGUAGAUGUGCUGCUGCUUCCCAAGGAGAGGCAGCUUGGACAAGAUAAGAAAGGCAAACCAUUCGGCAUGAACAUCAAACUCCGGCUAGCAGAAGAGGGGGAGCUUGAGGAGGGGGCAGCCAGAGGGCCCACACUGGAGUUUGUCUUGGAGAAAGAGGAGUUGGUGCUUCUUAAUGAAGAGGUGGAGGCAGAAGAGCACAAAGGAGAGCGACAAUCGCAGCAGCAGCAGCAGCAGUUCUGCUCAGAGGCAGCACAGAAUGACAGAACUGAACCGUGUUCAGAAGAAUCGUCUCAAAGCCUAAACUCUAACAAUGGACCAGACUCAAAUCCUUGAACACUUCUGAUCCCAAAGCAGCCAAAGUUUCUUAACACUGAUCCCUCAUGCGUUUCUGAAUGGCAUGUGCCUCAGAGCCCCUCACUGCCCUACGUGGAGCCCCUAACCGCAUGUUUACAACCGAUAGAGGAGAGUCAAGCAGUGUGAUGACCACACUCAGAUCCUUGACUCUGAAACCUAAAGAUGGGUCUAUAUUCAUUAGACAGACCGUCAAAGUGGAACUUUUAGUCCAUGCUGCAGGUGUCUGAAAUGAGGGGUUUUAUUAGACAAAACUAGGUAGUUAAAGGCCAGACGCUGUUGGUUAUUAUGUGCUGGUGCUGUCUAAACCUAGCUAUCGUAGGCACAUACAAGGUGUUUGUGGUGAUAAUGAUGUAGAUCAUUGACUAGAAUUUAAAAUUACCUCACCUAAGAGGAAAACAUAGGCAACGAAAAUGUACGUGACUACAUUUUUAUGCAACGCAGUUUGUUUUUAAUCUAGAUUGCACCUUUUCACUCAAACAAGUACUGUUAAAUAUUCAAUAAUGGUGAAUAGAAUAUUGUUAUGGCCAGUACUGGGUGUUGGCUACCAUAACUUUUCAGUAAUAUAACGUCAGUAGAUGAAGGACACAAAUUGGGGCCAAUUUGGGAAGUUUAUUUUGUUUUGUACUCGUAAGCAACUUCAGGGAAUUUCAAGAGUGAAUGCAGUUUGCAAGUUUUGACAGAUUUGUUUGAAUGUUUGCAUUUUCUUUCUGCUUGUGUGCGUGCAUGUGUGUAAGGUGUGUAAUUACCAUUAUACCCAAGGCAGCGUCAUUAUCACAAUACAUCAUUGCUAUUAGAUAAAACUAUUCCUGUCUUUACAAGUUGUCAUCAUCAAUGAAUUAAAAGUAUAGCAUAUGUAUAAUAGGCUGCCACGAAUCUUUGAUAUUUCAGACUGAAAGCAAUUUUUUCAACCUAUAAAUAACUGUGCAAGCAUUGUUAAUUUAAAAUUAAUCAUGUCCUCUUUCAGAACAUUUAAAAAAAUUACCAAAGCUGGUUUUCCUGGAGAUAAAGUCUUCACGUAACCAUUUGGUUGGUUGCUGAUACAGCAUCAGGCUGGUCUGCAGUCCAAGACUGCUGUGCACUUUGUGAAACAUGUGGCAGAUUCAAACAGAAAUGAUCAUCCAGCCUGUCGUAGCAUUUCUUUGUGUGUGUGUGUGUGUGUGUGUGUGUGUGUGUGUGUGUGUGUGUGUGUGUGUGUGUGUGUGUGUGUGUGUGUGUGUGUGUGUGUGUGUGUGUGUGUGUGUGUGUGUGUGUGUGUGUGUGUGUGUGUGUGUGUGUGUGUGUGUGUGUGUGUGUGUGUGUGUGUGUGUGUGUGUGUGUGUUGCAAUAAGUAGUUUUAAUUUGCAAAAAGUCAAUAAUCAUCCCAUUUAUACUGAGUAAUAAUUAAAUGUUUAUAACAUCUUAAAACAUAAUAAAAACUCUACAGGGUUAGUUUCAAAACAGACAAAUAGGAUUAUAAUAUUUUGUGACGUCCAGUAGGAUUUCUGAAGUGCAGCAAGUUUUUUUUUUUUUUUAAAUUGGUUUAUUAAUGGUUGCAGCUAAACUAGAAAGGUCAGUUGUAUCCUGGAAAUUGUUUCCAAAUGGAUACAGUUGUACCCAGUGAAUUUCUUUGAACGCAAUUUGGAUCUAGUUUUGUGUUGUCAGUCUCUAUCUCUCUCACACUCUACACAAAUGAGACGGAGAUGUUGUGGGCAUUAUGAUGUGUAAUAACUUUAUGCAACAAUUCAGAAACAUGCAUUACUGUUAAAUCAGUUUGUUCAUAUAUUCACUUUAAUCUCACUAAUUAUAGUUUGCAUGGUUUUUGUUUUUUUGUGAUACAUGAAAAUGUGAGCUGAUUUAUUUUAUUAAGUUUGUACAGUGGACCUUUUCUCAAUGCUGCUGAGUCAAGUCUUAAUCCAACAUGACUUUUUUUUUUUGGUGUUUAGUAUGUAUGAGAACCUGUAUACCUCAGGACUGUGUACAUUACUGUUCACACAGAGAAAACAACCAUGAAGACAAGAAAUAGGGUGUUUUUUGUAUUAUUUUUCAUGCUAUUUAAUAUUGUGCUCAGCUGUUUUCUAAAAUUUCGGUUUUUCAGCAACUAAAAUUCAAAAAGUGCCAAAAGAGAUGCAUGACAUGGCUCCUGUUUCUGUUUCACAUCUUCUCUGUAUUCCGUUUCUGAGCUUUGAUGAGGCUGACUCAUCAGUGAAUUAACUCAUCAAUGAAUUAAAACUCACAAUUUCAAA